AACGCAGCCUGUCCCAUCCCAUCACCUAUUUUCACAUUUUUAGGCACUGGAAAACAGCUAGAAGAGUUAUUUCUACAGACCCCUGGCCUGUACAACACCAUCGCUCUCCUUUCCUUUGGAAAAUGGACCAAAACACCAUAACAUUCCCUGUCUUCCUUCUUCUGCCUUGUCCAAGGACCCCAAGGACCCCUAUGGAGUGGUGCUGGGAGCUCCAGGACACCAAGGGGGGGACAACGAACAACCAGCAACUGACAACUGCCAACAACUGCCACCAGCCACCUCCAGGCCACUGGCCACCAGGGCAGGAUGAAGCUGCACAGUGAGCACCAGCCCCAGGCCUGGAGCACCCAGCCCACCCCUGAGGUGCCAGAGAACCGCAGCCGCGCUGCUUUAUUGGAAAGAGCAGAGGAGCUGCUGGCAGAGAGAACGGCAGGUGGAGAUCCCCUGGUACAUCUGCUGAAAGGACAACUCUACUACGAGGAGGGGUUGUAUGAAGAAGCAUUAGUACAAUUUGAAAAAAUCAAGGAUACAGAUUUCCAAGCCAUGUAUCAGCUCGGGGUGAUGCACUACGACGGACUGGGCACUAACUGUGACCCUGAAAAGGGGGUGGAAUACAUGAAGAAAAUACUAGACUCGGAUUCCCCAGAAGCAAGGCACUUGAAGUUCUCAGCUGCCUACAACCUCGGCAGAGCGUAUUACGAAGGAUGUGGAGUCAAGCGCUCAACUGAAGAGGCCGAAAGGUUGUGGCUUCUUGCCGCAGACCACGGGAACCCAAAAGCAAGCGUGAAGGCCCAGAGCACUUUAGGAAUGCUUUAUUCCAUGUCAGGUCUAAAGGAUCUGAAGAAGGCCUUUUUCUGGCAUUCAGAAGCGUGUGGCAACGGGAGCCUGGAAUCACAGGGAGCGCUGGGUGUUAUGUACCUCUACGGACAAGGUGUACGUCAGAACACGAAAGCUGCUUUGGAGUGUUUGAGAGGAGCAGCAGAACGGGGCAACGUCUAUGCUCAAGGCCAUCUCGUGGAAUAUUAUUACAAAAGAAAAUUUUACUCAACAGCCACUGCGUUAGCCAAAAGGAUUACGGAGAACGAGGACAUCGAUGUGGUAGCCAAGGUCACGGACUGUCUUCCUGCCUACGUAGCCAAGGGGGUCGCUAUGGCCACCUUCUACUUGGGCAGGUGCCUCCAGCUCGGCCGGGGCAUCCAGCAAGAUCCAGCCGCUGCCAACGAAUAUUAUUCUAAAGUAAGUCAGGCAACUCUUAUCUUACAGGCUAAAUUAUAG